AAAAUAGGAUUUUAACACUUAAUUACAAACCAAAAACGGCUAAUAGAUCGGAAUCCAAAGUCCACAAAUUUCAUAAUUAUUCAAAUCAAAUCCAAAUUCCAUAAAAUUAAAGUACACGAAAUUAAUUUUAAUUUAAUUAAAUUAAAGUUAAAGCAAUGACAAAAUUAAAUUAUUAAUUUUUUAUUAGUCUACAGUGUACUCAAAACAGUGUAGACAAACAGGGCUCACACUAGAAGACAGAGAAAAGGGUCUGCUAAAUCUGAGCUCCAUUUUUUUGCUGAUAAUUUGUCCGUUACACACGCCAUUUUCAUUCAUGGAAGCAAAAGCUACAUUUCUUCUUUGACUGAGGAGAGAGAAAAUUCCUCUUAUGGAAGAUUGAAAGUGAAAAAAAUUUCAUCUUUGAAACUUCUUUUCUAAUGGAGUACGAAAGGAUUGAAAGACCUCAGAAAGGAGGAGGGUUGUCACCAGCUAAACUGAGGAGCAUGUUACUGGGAGUAGAGAAGAAGAGGAGGGAGCUUCUUGGAGAAGUGGAUUCAUCUUGUUCUUUAAGAUCUCAGCAUUCUGGUGUAGAUGAUCCAGGUACUGAUUAUUCUGAAAGUUACAAGGAUGUGGACGUUGUGCGUGAAUUUGUUGAAUGCUCGACCUCAACAACUGGGGAUUCAGAAAUGAUUCCAGAUCGUAAGUUGAAAGAUCAAAAUUUUGUCAGCUCAAGAAUUGGGUUGAAUGAAGAGUUUGAGGAAGACUAUGAAAACGGGCAUGACAACUUGGGUGUGGUGUCAUCAGCUUUCGAGUUUCAGAAGACAGAACGUGGGCAACCAAGAGUGCCAGCUGCACCAUUCUCAAAGCCACCACCAUCGAAAUGGGAUGAUGCACAGAAGUGGAUAGCAAGCCCUACUUCAAACAGACCAAAGACUGGUCAGUCACAUGGUGUGCAAGGGGCUAGGAAGACUAACAUUUUCGGCCAUGGAGGUAGAAAAACUGCUACGAAAGUAGUUCAUGAAGUUCCAGAUGAAAAAUUAGUUGCUUUUGAAGAGCCUGAUAUGAAGAGGAUGGAUUCAAAUCUAGCUAAGAAAGCAAAUGCCACCCAAAAAUUGGUGAACUGGGGGUCAGAACCAUACUCACAUGCUGAUCUACAUGGAAAAGCAGCAGAUAUGAUUGAAAAUUCUAUCGGCGAUCCUGAAAUCCAUCUCAGUCAACAUGAUUCAUCUAUAUCAAUACAAACAUCAACAGCCAUGAUUCCGCAAUCAUUUGCCAGAUCUGUUUCCAUGAGGGAUAUGGGUACAGAGAUGACUCCAAUAGCAAGCCAGGAACCUUCUAGAACUGGAACUCCUGUUAAGGUAAAAUCACCGAUGCACAGUCCUACUUCUUCAAGGUCAUCAACGCCUAAAAGAGCUAAUCUUUCAGCAGCACAGACAAGUAUGAUAAAUGGCAGUUUAAACCAGCAGAGAAAGGAACUUUCUGAGAAGGAGAUGCAGAUGAAAACUAGAAAAGAAAUAAUGGAACUUGGCAUGCAGCUUGGUAAGGUGAAUAUAGCUGCAUGGGCUGGUAAAGAUGAUGAAGAAACAUCAUCUUCAGCUAACACAAUGGCUGGAGGACAAGCGUCCAAGAGUGUUGUUGAGGCAAGAGCGGAAGCCUGGGAGGAGGCUGAGAAAGCAAAGUACACAGCAAGAUUAUUCAGGUUUGAACGUGAAGAAAUGAAGAUCCAAGCAUGGGAAAAUCAUCAAAAAGCUAAAACUGAGGCUGAGAUGAGGAAAAACGAGGUUGAGGUGGAAAGAAUGAAAGCCAAAGCACAAGAUAAGUUCAUGAACAAGCUUGCUACUGCAAGGCACAAGGCUGAAGAAAAGCGGGCAGCUGCUGAAAUGAAGAUGAAUAAGCAAGCAACAAAGGCUGAGCAGCAGGCCGAGUAUAUCAGACAGACUGGCCGAAUACCUUCCAAAUUUUCGUCCUGGAGCUGCUGUUGUUAAUGUUCUGUGCUUGCCAUUCUCUUCUAUUCCUUGAUCAUUUUUUUGUAACUAUCUCUAUUUUGAUUGGGGUUUCUCUCCACUUGAAAUUAGGUAUUAGGUGGAGCCUUACUCAGCAGCUGAAAUUGUAAUCAAUUUUCUCUGUUAUACAAGAACAUGAACUAUUUCAGGCAAAUUAGGCCUAUUCUGAUGAA